AUGUCAAAAGUCCAUGAUCCUGCAAACCCUAAUGUUCCUUGCCCAAGAAAUCAUGCCACUGGAAACUCGCCGGAGCCUCCGACCACAACUCUGGUCCUGAUCUGUGCUUCUGAGUCUGAGGCUGGGGGAUCAUCGUAA